UCAGAAAAUAUCUUACUGGAAAGCAAGAGCAAAAUUAUAUAUACGGAAAGAGACAAGGCUUCACAAGAAACAGCACAUGCUUUCCUUUCAUUUCUGGGAGUCCCAGGGUCGGCCUACAGAUGCUGCUCCUUCCGUCGCCGAUGGCAUUCAGACUCCUAGUUGCCGACGGUGCCAGGCAAACAACUGGACAGAACAGCUUAGCUACAGGAAAGUGGCCACAGUCUCGGCCAGAGCAGCAGCCCCCGGACCACAGACCACCUCUGCCACCCCAUCCAGGAGCCUUCCCACCUCCCUCGGGCUUGUCAGGGCCCAGGCACAGGGGCUGAAGAACUGGGAGGUGGUAACGGCCGUGGCAGUGGUGCCUACAGCCUUGGGGCCAGUCCACGUACGUCAGACCCUGCUUCGGGCAACUCUGUGUCCCCUCCAGGGCCAGGGAGGGACCCAGGACAGCCCCAGUGCUCACCAUUCUUUCUUCUUGUCGCUGAAACCUAGGCGAGGGCUCAGCAUGGAAGCCGCCGCUCCUGAGCUGAAGCCACAGACCAGACUGAGGGAGGUGGGGGAACGGGUGAGCAGAGCUCAAGAUAGCCAGGAGUUAAAGCAGCAGCUGCAGCUGCUGCCCAAGCCCUCAACCUCCUCCCAGCGAGAAGCGAAAUAUGUGGAGAUGUGCUCUUCAGCUGGAGUCCAGAGCGAGAGUCCUGGGACCAUGAAACUUACCCUGGAGUGCUCCCCUGGGGAUCAGAGGGACUCUGGGAGUCCCAAGGAGAAAGCCCAAGAUGAACCCAGUGGUCAAGAAUGCAAGGCUCCAACCUCGCAGAAGGAUCCUGCUUCGGAAAGCUCCAGAUCCCAGCUCUCCCUCACUGAUCAGGGCAGCAACUUCUCAUCUUCCUCCUCCUCAUCCUCCUCCUCCCCAGUGGACAAAGCAGAAGGUGGCCUUUCCAAGCUGGAUGAACCCACCAUAUCAACAGGGGCUCUGGCCACUUCAUCUUCAUCUUUAGGCUUUGAGAGUGACAGCAGUGCGAGCGCAGUGAGCUGCCAGCCCAGGGGAGGGGUGGGAGGAAAAAUGGCAGGAGAAGGAGGGGCAGGUGGGGGAGGAGAAGAUGGGACAGAGUGCACGGACAUUAUUGCCAAGUCUCAGGGCAGCAAGGGCCCCCCAAAAAAUGAGGAGGCUCACUACAUCACCACCCACGAGAUCCAGCUGAGUGAGGUCGAGCAGGACAUGGAUUUCGAUGUGGGGCUGGCCUCCCGCUGGGAUUUCGAGGACAACAAUGUGAUCUACUCAUUUGUGGACUAUGCUUCCUUUGGUGGCAGCGACGAGACCCCGGGAGACGUCACCACCCCAACCGAAGAGGAGGACAACAGCUGCUACCUCAGCACCACUCCCAGCACCAAUGCCACCCGGACACCCAGCCCCACCAGCAGUGACCCCGCUCGCCCCAGCGCAGGCAGCAGUGGUCGCGACACCAGCAGCACGGAAGUGGGCAGCGGCCCCUCUGACAGUGGCCCGACUCCCCCACCCACUGGGCCUGGCACUGCCACUGGGCCUGAGCCCUUGCCGGAGCCCCCGGAGGCAGCUUCAGGGGCAGCAGCCGCCGCAAGCAGCUGUGGGAGUGCAGCAAGCCAGAUCCUCCUAUCAAUCAAACCGACUUCCCGGGCUAUAAAUGAGCCUAGCAACGUGCGUGCAAAGCAAAACAUUAUUUAUGCUGCCAAGCAUGAAGGCGACAUGAGCCUCCGAGUCUCUACAGCUGCUGAACACAAUUCAAGUUCUCUGAAGCAAGACCGGGCUGCAGCGGUGGCUCAGGACCAUGCAAAGAAAUUCAUCGCUGUCCCUGCUCGCCUGCAAACCAGGUGCGGGGCCAUCAGGGCGAAGGAGUUGGUGGACUAUUCCAGCGGGGCCUCCAGUGCGGUGAGUGAACUGGACGAUGCGGACAAAGAGGUGCGUAACCUGACCUCCCGUGCCUUCCGGAGCCUCGCUUACCCCUACUUUGAGGCUCUGAACAUCAGCUCCCGGGAGUCCUCCACGCUCUCCGAAGUCGGCUUUGGGCGUUGGUCGACCUUCCUGGACCUAAAAUGUGGGGGUGUUGGAGCCAGGGUGGAGCAGAGCCUGCUCAGGAGCAGCGCGGCCUCGGUGGCCGCAGGUCUGAGGAAGGACAGUGGGGCCAGGACGACCGCAGACCAGCUUUACAUCCACUCCAGGAAGUCCCAAACCAAGGCCUUGGAGUUCGUGGUCAGCAAAGUCGAGGGGGAAAUCAAACAUGUGGAGACACCUCUGUGUUUCCAAAAGCAGGUGCAGACAGGCUCCCGUGUGGUCACUCUUCUCGAACCUCUGAAUUUACGCAGUGAGAGCAAAGCCAGCUCAGCCACUGGGCCCUGGAAAGUCACCAAAGGCUCCAGCAAGGGCCCCGGGUCGGUGUACACAGAUGACGGCUCCGAGACCUCCGAGAGCAGCAAGCCUGCCUCCCGUGCAGAGGGCCCCCAAAAGAAGUCCAAGUUUGCUUCCAGCCUGCUCAAAAAUAUCAUCUCCAAGAAGAUGCAGCGGGAACAUGAGUUCAAAAUGGAGAGGGGCGAAGUCAUUGACACAUCCCACCGUAACCUCUCCAGCAUGUCCAAGGAGCCAGUGGGCCCCCCGGGGGGUGAGAAGCAGCGGGAGAGGAGCCUGCAGAGACAGAGCUCUCGCCACUCCGAGGCCGGCUCUGAGUACACGGUGCUCAGCCUGUCUGAUGCAGGUGGGGAGGGGUCCACAGCCGGGUCUAAAUCCCCGAUUUUCAAAGCCAGUACUCCUCGGGAGAACAGUGCAGGCUCUGGCCGAAAUAUCACCGAUGGACACACAGAGGAAGUGUGUGAAAUUAAAAAGUGUGCAUCAGAGACUGUCAAGGGCAUCUUCCUCCGGAGUCAGAACAGUGCAUUCCGAUCGUGGAAGGAGAAAGAGGCUGAGAAGCGAGAAGAAAAAGCCCCCAUAGGGAAGCUGAAACUCCCCAAAGGGGGCGACUGGAGAGCUGAUCUCGGGGAGAUAUCUGCCAGCAAGUCCACUAUCAUGUCUCGUCUCUUUGUCCCCAACAUCCAGCAGACACCCAAGGACAAGCAGCCAGGGAAACAGGCCACUAAGUACCCUGCUGCCCAGGCCACCUCCACAGCAGUGAUCAAGCCCAAGGCUCCGGAAAUCAAGAUCCGGCUGGGGAGCGUGCAGCAGCCAAGCUCAGACUUCAACAUUGCCAAGCUGCUCACGCCCAAACUGGCAAGCGGCAGCGCCUCUAACCUCCUCAAGACCAUUGAGGACACCACCAAGGCGCAGCAGAAACUCUUCCGGGGGGACAACCUGGAAAAAGUGCCUCAGUUCCAGGUGAGAGACGUCAGAGACAAGUCCAAGGCUCAGGGCCCCCUCCACCAGGUGAGGGACGUCAGGAAACUAAUCAAAGGGUCAGGGGAUAGCAGUGACAAGGGCAGUGUUACCCCGGAGCAGGGGCUGACCGGGCCCAAACCCAGGCAGCUGGCUGCUACAGCUGGUGGGUCCAGAUCCCUGUCCCCCAUGGUGAUUACAUGUCAGGCCGUGGUGAACCAGAGGGAGGACAGCAUGGACCGAGAGCUGAGGGACAGCCUGGGCAAAGGCGGCGGCAGCAGCGGUGGCUUGAAUUCUUCCUCGCCAGAAGGGACAGUCUUGGUUCACAGGGCGUCUGGCAGGCUGCCUGUAGCUACCAUUGCUCCCAAUAAGCCUGAGCAGGGCUCAUAUCUGCCAGUGCUCAAGAUCAUCUCCAAGGCUUCUGCUCAGAAGACCCCAGAGAAGGCCAAGGACGAGGAGGUCAAGGAGGAAGGGAAAGGUCCCAAGCCCUCGCGGAACGCCCUGGAGAAGCUGACCGCGGCCGUGAGGUCCAUGGAGGAGCUGUACAGCUUCAACAGGAACGAGUGGAAGCGCAAAAGCGACCCUUUGCCCACGAUGACAGACAGCCAUGUCCUGUCGCUCAUUGCCAGCGAGGAGAGGGAAGGGGCUGGGGGUGCUGAGGGGGACCCUGACAAACUGGCCAAACGGCUGGGGGAGGUGGGAGAGCGGGGCACAGGAAACAAAGGCGGAGUGGUCCUGCGAGGCGGACCCAUGGAGCGUCUGCAGCGGAGAAACUCCAACCCAGCGGCUGAGAGUGUGUCUGCCCGCGCUGCUGCCUUUGAGAACCUGGCCAGGGAAAGGCCCCGCUCCCUCUAUAUUCCCCCAGUCCACAAGGAUGCAGAGAGAACCCAGCCUCUGCAGCCCCUCCCACCCCUCCCCAGCAACCGGAAUGAGUUCACAGUGAGUGCCAGCAGCACCCAGAAAACUGGGGGUGUCGCUGGCAAGUUCCCACAAGGGCUUUCUCCAGAGAGUCCUUCAGCAGCAAAGGGCAUCAAGUCUCAGGGACUGCGGUCCCUCAAGAUCUCUCCAGCCACCAGGGCACCUGUCAGUGAGGUGACCAGUAGGAAAAACGGCAGCAAUUUGGAAAAGAGCAAUAGUGACUGUGAGAAUUACCUGACCAUCCCCCUGAAAGGAAGCUCUGGAGCUGGGGAACUUCCAGGCAGGCCUGGGGCUGGGAGGGAGGGGGCCCCAGCCUCCUCAGUGGCCACUCUCUGCAGCUUGCCCCCCCUGAGUGCCCGCAGUCAGGUCCCCAGUAGCUCCAAAGGCUCCCAGGUCAGUGGAACCAGCCGGCCAGCUUGGCGUACCAAACCAGACAACCCACGGGAGAUGGUAGCUGCCCCCGCAGGGCCACAGAGCCCCGAGCACCCCCCCACUGCCAUCUACCACCAGCAGCCACUGCCCUUCACCCUGCAGGGGGCCCAGCCCCAGGUCCUCUGCUUCUCCCCACCUGGCAUGCCUGUCCAGGCACCUGCAGGCUCAGCUCCAGUCCCCACAGACUCCUUCCAGCAGCCACAGCCUCAGCAGACCCAGCGCAAGAUGCUCCUGGAUGUGACAACCGGCCAGUACUAUCUGGUGGACACACCAGUACAGCCCAUGACCCGGAGACUGUUUGACCCCGAGACAGGGCAGUAUGUGGAUGUGCCCGUGACCUCCCAGCAGCAGGCUGUGGCUCCCAUGUCCCUCCCUGUGCCUCCCUUGGCCCUGAGUCCGGGGGCCUAUGGACCCACCUACAUGAUCUACCCUGGAUUUCUGCCCACGGUGCUGCCUGCCAACACCCUGCAGCCCACACCAAUUGCUCACACUCCAGGGGGCAGUGAGCUCUCCCAGAUGGCCGCAGAGCCCCCCAGCAAAGAGGCAGCUUCAACAUUCACCGAGGCCCCCUACUUCAUGGCCUCUGGUCAGUCCCCCGCCUCCUCUUCCUCAGCCGCAGCAGCCACAGCCCAGCUCGUGGGGGCCAAGGGCUUCGCCCAGCUGCACGGCAAGCCUGUCAUCAGCAUCACUUCACAGCCCCUGGGGCCGAGGAUCAUUGCCCCUCCUUCCUUUGAUGGCACCACCAUGAGCUUUGUGGUGGAGCACAGAUGAAGAGCAGUCACCAGGAAGCAGGACGCAGCAGCUGCUGGAGCAAGACAGAAAGACAGACUACUCUUCUUUAAUCUGAAGGUUGCAUUAUAACAACACCAAGAUUCAUCUGAAAAACUUCCUCUACAUGUGUUACUCUUAGUAUUUGCUUCUUAUAAACCAAGUGUGUAAGUUUCUGUAUUUUCCAGAACAACCCUGUUAAAACAGUUUGUGUUAUUUUAGUUUUACUAGGCUGAUUGAAUGGUUGCAUUUUUUCCCCCUGUAAAACGAUUUCUUUUUAUACUUAAAUACAGGAUAUAAGCUUUCUAUUCACCUUUCCCUCCUUUUGGCUAGACAACAAUCCAUUAAGUUUUUUUAUAAGUCAAUCAAACCAUACAGCAGAAUGGGAUUGGUUGUGUUGUAAACCAAGCCAACAAACCAAUAAUUUGGAUCACAAAUCUUGUAGGUUCUUGGAAUAUAUGAAGACUAGCUGGCAGAAUUGUAGCACAUGCUUGGAUUUUAAAUACCAUGGGUCUGUACUUUAAAUCAUAUACCAUCCAAGCUUAGUCAUGUUCUUGGCUAUAUUCUACAUGUUCUUUUCUUGGGUUUAGCAUGAUUUCAGAUGUGAUGGUGAAAAAUGGUGGUGUUAACCUUUAUGUUUUAGUUUUGCCAUUUGUCGGUGUCGUGACACUAUCUGUUGCCUUAAAAUAGAAUGGCUUAAAAUACUGAAGAGAUAGUGAUUUAAAAUUAAGCCCUUCAUCUCAGAAAGGUAUAAAAUAUCUAUUUCCUUCUAGUAACCCAAACUUUGUUAAGCGUGUAUAGCAUUUUUUUUGUCUUCUUCAAUUAUUCCCUUCAUAGUUGCAUAUACUCCUGUCUCUCACAGAUUGUUUGGAGUCUGAAGAGUGACCUGUUUGGGGUGAUAGGCUAGAACUUAAGCUCUGAUUCAGUGGCUCUGAUUAUCUUCAGCCCUCGCCAUACCAAUAACAGUGACCUAGGAUUCCAUCACUAGCUUCUUAUGGUUUUAAGAGAUGUCGAAAAUCCAAAUCACAGAAUUUUUCAUGGACAGUCAACACUGACUCAGUUGUAACCCAAUUAUGAAGGUUAUUUUUGUGAGUGUUCACAGAGUCUGGAAGAGUUAAUAGAACAGAUAAAUAUUUAGCUUGUCAGAAUUAAAGUAUGUCAAUAUAUAUCCAGCAAAUGUUACAUUGGCAUAUUUCUUACUUUCCAAAAGAAUACCUUGAAGAUUCUCCCAGGCUUUCUUUUUUAAGGAUUCUCCUCUUAUUUAUUUAUUUGUUCAAAGAUGAAGCAUUCUGAUAAUUUUUUUUAAAAGCCUUAUUUUGAUUUUAAUGGUCAUCAAUAUUUGGUUUCUGCUUAAAAUUGCUUUUUGAAGCCACAGAUUUUUAUGCUAUUUUCACUAAAGUUGAGGCUGAUUUUUGUAUGAUUUAUGAAAUCUUGUUACUUUGUAGUUCUGCUUCUUAUCCCAGGCUCGUUUAGAAAAUAACUCAAUUUCACUUUCAAGGCCUUCCUUAAAGUCAUUUUUUUAAAAUAUAAAACAUUGUUGGAUAAAAGGAAAGGUUUGAGAGAGGAAUUGCCAGCUCUGGUCACAAUUCAAUUCGUCUUUGGGCUCAUGGGCUAUGUAAUGGAGUGACAGCCUCUCUGAGACAUGACACAUGAAAUACAAAGCAGCCUCUGUGUAUGGAAAAGAUGCCCUGUACCACACUAGGGAAAGCGUUAUUCCUUUGUCAUAGAGGGCCUCGUACCCAGAAACAUCAACAGACUCACCUCAGAACUUACUUAGUUUUUCACCACUGGGGAACUACAUACAAUCUCAGCCCUUCCUCAUUCUCAAUAGAGAUUGGCUGGGUAUGAGGUCCCUUAAUAUUGAAACAAGAAAGUAGAAUCAAUUUCAAGGAUCUCAAACCUAUAAUCCUCAAAACAGUACCAUGAAUUCUCAAGUAUUUGAACACAUCUGGUGAAACUUAUAUAGGAUUUGGGUGGGUAGUACCAGAAUUGAUAAGACUGUUUUAAAACCAUGUGUGACUUUUAGGAAAACCCAGUAGUCAUGUGGAGUUGUCGACCGCUUGCCAGUUCUUCAAAGAGACUCUCCUUUCCUAGAAAAUAUGAUCAAGCUCUUACCUACCAUUGGUCUAGGGAAUUCAUAAGCUAUUUAUCAUGAUCACCAGCAGAUCUGAGCCUUAAAUUCUCACAUUGAGAUAAACUAGGACAGAAACUAGAAAAAGGAGAGCAUCUCAAUUUCAGUUCUAUCAGAGAGGCCAUGUCCUCUGAGGAGCUGUCAAGGAUGUAGUAAAUGUCUAAGUGGUUAAGAACGUAACCUUAAAAUAAUAUUCUAUGAAUAUGACAUCUUCUAUUGGUAAUUUUAUGGUUCUUUUAUUUCCUUAAACCAUACAAAGCUGCUAGGCCAUUUACUACCUCAAGUGAUAGGGAGGAACAUUUUAAACAACAUGAGGUGAAUCCAAAUCCUCAUUGUCAUUGUUAUUAUCUCUUGAGGUCACAUUGAUAUUUGAAAGAAGUUGUUGUGCCCUUCCUCGUUCAACCAAAGUUAAGUGGAAUAAGAAUCUAUGAACCUUCCAACCCACAAAACUAUUACCCUCACAAUGGCCCUUUAGCUACUGACCUACCCUUUUAUGUUUUAUGUACACAAAACUACGUGUACACAAAAAGCACGUAGCAUUUCCUAAAUAGUGCCUUCAGCUUGAAUCUACUUAGACUUGCAGAGUCUGGCUUUUGCCCUUUUCUCUCAGGGUUACAUGUGUGACUCAGUUUUCCAGAGGAACCACCGGGCAUCGUGUGUAGGGAUCUUAACCCAUUUCCUCUUUUUCCUCGUUGGGUAAAUGCUCAGGUUGAAAUAUGCUCUAUUUGAAUUGUUUUUGGAAAACUGAACACAUUUGUAACCAGUAUGAAAAUUUAAUUCCCCAGAAUGUAUUUUUUUUAAAAAAGCACUCAUUGAAAUUGCCCUCAGGAUGAAAUAAAGCUUGGAUAUGCAGUUAGUGACUUCACUUAUAGGCUCUCUGUAUGUCUGUAUAUGUCUGUGUGUCUACGGCUCUCUCUGUAUCAUUGGCUAAAAAAGUUAAAACAAAUUACGUUUUGACAUCUCUAUGAUAAAUCUCAAAUGUUAACACACAUUUCAAAUUCAUCCUUAUAUCGCUGAGAAGUACCUAGUGAUACAAAUCUAUUUUUCUUAAUUUCAGAUUAGACUUUAUCAUCCUUGCCUCGUAAAGAGAUUGAAUGCAUUUUAAUGAUUUUCAUACUUCGUGUGUUUGCUACGAAUUGAAUGCUCAUGCUACCAGAAAUAAUACUUAGGACUGCAGGACAGUAUUGAUUCCUAAGUAGAUUGACUAUAAUCUCAUGAUAAGUAUAUAUAUGUGCGUGAGAAAACACAUUCAAUUAUAGUCUCUGUGUUUAAAAAUGAUCAUGGUAUACAUUUUCCUAUGUGGUGCUUGAGGAGUUUCAUUCUACAGUUUACAAGGUGUAGGUUUGCACCCCAGAUUCUCAGGGUAUGCUAUGUUACCCAAGUACUUGAAAGAAAAAGGUGCCCUGUAUCUUACCAGUACUGUUGAGGGGGAAAAUUAUGUGUAGGUUUGGUUUAGAAAACUACUUAUAAAAAUCAAAUUCAUAAAAUAUGUUAGGCUUUUACACAAUUUCUAAGGAGGUAUACAUAUAGAUAUGAUAUAUAUUUUCAAGAGACUGUUUCUAUAUUCUUAACUAACUUCUGGGUCCUAAGUUGACCUCACAGGUGCAUAGAAUCAUUAAUAAAGCAUGUAGCAUUUGCUAAAUUGUACCUUGAGCUUGAAUCUAAUCAGAAUGUCAGACUCUUGUCCUCUGGGGGAGAAAAAAAGCAUGUUUAGUCUGUGACACAUCUGAUUACAAAGCCCAGGGGAGGGUUCUGAAAAUUAGACUUGCUUGUAUGCCCCAUGUCUCCUAAGAGAACUGAACAUUCACAGAAGUAAUUUUAAGCUGUCAACAUUCUUGUUUCAUGUUGCAACUAGAGCAUAUGAUUAGACUUAUUCCUAUUUAAUUCAUAAUGGUGCAGAAUAAAACAUACACACAGCACAUCUAAUUUGAUUUCUUUUUUUAAGUUUUAUAAUUGCUUUUUACAAGCUAGUGUUAAUGGCAAAAAAGUCCUUUCAAGGGCUCCCUGAAUUACCUGUAGUACCUGAAUCUAUUUUCUAGCAGGUGGUCCUUUUUAUUCUCUCCCUUUGAAGAUACAGGUUUCUUUAUUUACAUUUAAAUCAUAGUAUUGUACAGUAAAGACAAUGGUGGUUGAAAAGAAUGUGAAGACUGAGGAAGUUAUGUCCCAAACAGGGGAGAGUAAAUUGUGUGGUGAAUGAAGAAAGACAUUGGAUAAUGCUGAAUUGUACCCUUGACUAUGAAAUAAGCCAGCGGUAAAUGGAAAGAAUGUGAAAAUUUGAACUGUUCUCAAGACAGACAUCUUGGUGGAAGAGUUCCUACCUGAAGUCUGAUGUGACUCAUUUAUAGAAUGCAGUGAGCUUGGCCAGUGGGACUGUGAAACUAGCCCAGCAGUUCUGAGAAUUAUGGUAUCAGUGUAUUGCAUAUGGAGAAAACUAUUAGACAAGGACUCUGUGAGACUAGCCUGCAUACCUUAAUCGCCAGCAUUUGUACGUGAUUGUGCAAUCUUGUGUAAUGGUCUUUUAUUUUGACUCUUGAAAAAAAUACCUUAUUGUUGUUUUUUCCA